AACAGAAAGUCACGUUAUGACAGGCAUCUCAAACCACCCAGUUAUGAGCUAUGAGUAUAAACCUCACUGUCAGUGAGCUGUAGUCACGACCUGGCUAGCAUAGGCAGUGGAGUUAUUAUGGACAGCACCAUGGAUGAAGACUGCCCUGUGUGUUAUGGCCCUCUGCAGAAUCCUUCACCUCCAGUUCCAUGCUGUAGAAAAGUAUUUUGUCAUUCUUGCCUAAGACAAGCAGUUUUAUCCAGACCCCAGUGCCCCUACUGUAGGAGCCCAAUAAACAACCAUGCUGGCAGUGUAUUUAGGAAUGCUGUACGAUGCAGCAUCGAUCUGCAAGGACCGGUGCUUUCCUCAGACUACACGAACCGUUAGCCGAAAUAUACAAGGUCUCCUCAACCAGCUCAGGGCAAGUUCUGCACGGAUGGCCAGGGCAAACACCAGCACUCCCAAUCAGGCUUCAGUUGAAUCAGUUCCAAACACUACUGCACAGGAUAUGAGGUUUGCUGCUGUCGGAGCUCUGCAGAGGCCAGUUCCCAGACCAAGAGUGCGAGCCCAAGCGCCAAAUCCAGUCAGCAUCCAAGCGCCAAAUCCAGUUAGCAUCCAAGCGCCAAAUCCAGUCAGCAUCCAAGCGCCAAAUCCAGUCAGCAUCCAAGCACCAAAUCCAGUCAGCAUCCAAGCAAACCCCAGUGCUCCGUCAUACCUCUCGUUAAAUGACAUUUAUGACAUGAACUUGCAACCUCACAUUCCUGUAAUGGACAAUUCAGGAAACAUCUUGAGGACAUACAAUUGUCCAUACUGUCAGGAGGGUGGCCUGGAUGAUCUGGAUCUGCGCGAUCACUGCAAUGAACACCACAUCAAUGACAGAAGACAAGUGGUUUGCCCCGUUUGUGUGUCGCUGCCUCAUGGUAACCCAACAUACUGCAGCAGGGAUUUAUUGGCCAUCUUAACCUCCGCCACAGCUACUACAUCGAUGACAUAACUAAUGUCUACCAGAGUGAUGAUGUUAACUUGCAGGAUGCCAUAAUGAGGUCAUGGCAACAAAAAUAAACACGACUAUGUUGUUCCCAAAAACUAUGCUAAAAAUAUCAUUUAGCUUUUGUUAAGACUAUAACAGCAUUAAAUAUGUGCUUCUGAAGCAGAGAUGUUUGGGUGUUAAUUGAUGCAGAACACAUCCAGCAUAUAAGCAUGUGGAAAAUGCUACUGUUCUUUUAACCUUCAGGCAUUAAUGCAAUCAUACUUGUACACUAUAUGGGCAAAUGUUUGUGGACAGCUGAUGAUAAGAGAUGUAUGCACUUUUUUAACAACGCAUUCCACAUUUAGUCCCCAUUAUAGUACCUCCACUCUUCUGGGAAGAUGUUCCACUAGAAGCUUUAACAACUGCGUGCCAUGGGUUGUUGUAUCAUGGUUGACCCUGUGCUCUGACCCCAUCUUGAAAUAAUUUCACAGUUCUGUAAUGUAUAUGUGACAAAUAAAAUAUAUUCUUCUAUUCUAUUGGCAACAGUGGUGUUAGUAAAGCCAGGUAGUGAUGUAUGAUGAAGAGACCUGGGGUGCAACUAGAGCUCCAAUUCAUGUUUGAUAGGGUUGAGAUCAGAACUCUAUAACAGGCCACUCAAGAUCUUCGACUCCAACCAAUGUAAACAUCUUAAUGGCUUUUGCACGAAAGAACUGUCACAAUUGUGGGCUUUCAAUUUUGUGUUAAGAGUUUGAGGAAAAACUACAUUUGAGUGAAAAAGUCAGGUUUCCCAAUACUUUUAUCCAUAUAGUAUACACUAAUGCUACUGUGUUUCAUUGAGAUUGGAAUAUUUGUUUAUUCUAAGCUCCCUGACAAUCUGGAUUUCUAUUACAUGUCUGUUGUAAUCACAUGGAAUCUACACUUACAGAUCAGAAGUAACUGUACUUUUAAUUUAAAUAAGAUAUUAGUAUUAAUAUGCAGCACUCCAUGCAUCUAUUCUCUCUGCAUGACCUGUAUUUCUAAAAUAUUUGCAAUAAAAUAGAAAGACGUAAUAGCAUCUAAGUGAAAUCCUCAUGGCACAACCAAAAUCUUUUUGUUGUUAGAUUUUAUAUAUAAUUCUGUAUAAUCCGAAAUCUUGUUUUAUUUUGAUUGGCAACACCAUUCAUGUUCUCUCUUAAUCUCUCUCAUUGUCAUGCUUUUCUAGAUGUCUGCUAUGUUCUUUGCAGUGAUAACUUGCUCCUAGUUUCAGUCUUGUUUUGGUUUUUGUUGCUUGUGUAUUUAUUUCUUUGUGUUUUUUGGGCAGUACUCAGCAAUAAAAGUCUGCACUGGCAUUCA